AUGUCCGCUGCCAGCGCCCGUCAAUUGAACGGCAGCGUCAGAGGUCCCUCGACUGCUCGUCGCCCAGUAGCACACUUCGACGACACGCUGCACACCAGUUUGCCCGAUCGCUCCCUGUCCGCCAUGAACGGCCACGGCGACCACCUCGACUCCGACAGCGCCUCCUCGUCCACCAGCUCGACCACCACCAACGGCACAAAGCCGCGCCGGCCCAAUAUGUCUCGCAAGGCCUCGUCGCCCAUGGCCCCGGCCUUUAUGGUCUCCGCACCGGGCAAGGUCAUUGUGUAUGGGGAACACGCCGUCGUGCACGGCAGGGCUGCCCUGGCCGCCGCCAUCUCGCUCCGCUCCUAUCUUCUCGUCACAACUCUUUCCAAGUCUCACCGCACCAUCACAUUGAACUUCCGCGACCUGGGCCUCGCUCAUACCUGGAACAUUGACGAGUUGCCGUGGGACAUCUUCCAGCAACCGUCCAAGAAGAAGUUCUACUACGACCUCGUCACGGCAUUGGACCCCGAACUCGUCGCGGCCAUCGAACCUCACCUGGAGGGCGUCUCCAAGGGCGUCCCUGACGAACAGCGCAAGAACCACGUCCGCUCCGCCUCCGCCUUCCUCUACCUCUUCCUCUCUCUCGGCUCCAAGCAAAGCCCCGGCGCAAUCUAUACCCUCCGUUCCAACAUCCCCACUGGCGCAGGCCUCGGCAGCUCCGCCAGCGUCUGCGUUUGCCUCAGCUCCGCACUCCUCCUCCAGAUUCGCACGCUCGCUGGCCCCCAUCCUGAUCAACCGCCCGAGGAAGCAGAAACUCAAAUUGAGCGGAUCAAUCGUUGGGCCUUUGUUGGCGAGCUUUGCAUUCAUGGCAACCCCAGUGGUGUCGACAACACAGUAGCCGCAGGCGGCAAAGCCGUAAUCUUCAAACGUUCAGAUUACCUCAAACCCCCGGACGUCACCUUCCUCCCCGAUUUCCCCGAACUGCCCCUCCUCCUCGUGGAUACGCGCCAGUCCCGCUCAACCUCGACUGAGGUCGCCAAGGUCGGCGAGCUGAAGAAAGCGCACCCUAUCGUGACUGAAUCCAUUCUCGACGCCAUUGACCAGGUCACCUGCUCUGCGCACAGUCUCAUCGAGUCCCCCAAUUUGGACAGCAACCCCCAGAGCACGAUCGAACAUUUCGGUACCCUCAUCCGCAUCAACCAUGGCUUCCUCGUCUCGCUGGGUGUCUCGCACCCGCGUCUCGAGCGGAUCCGCGAAUUGGUCGACUACGCCGACAUUGGCUGGACAAAGUUGACGGGAGCCGGCGGUGGUGGCUGUGCGAUUACCUUGCUCCGUCCAGACGCGAAGCCCGAGGUGGUACGCGAGUUGGAAUCCAAGCUGGCCGAGGAAGGUUUCACCAAGUACGAGUCCACUCUAGGCGGAGACGGCGUCGGUGUACUGUACCCAGCCGUCCUGCGUAACGGCUCGGACGAAGAGGGCGGCGAGGAGAUCGACCAGCAGAAAUUUGAGAACGCAGACGGCCCCGAGGGCAUCGAGAGACUCGUUGGUGUUGGCACCCACGAGAAAAGAGAGGGCUGGAAGUUCUGGAAACGCGCUACGCAAUGA